CUUGUACAUUUGUACUUUAUGUGGAGUCAUAUUAGAUGUGAAGAGAAAAGAGAGGUAUCAUAAUGCAAUUAACUCAGGCAGCUACCAUUAUUCUGUGGAGUACUUUUCUGGUUAUUGAAGUAGGAGGGGUAAGAGAUGAUAAAGAGAGCGAGUCGUCCAUUGAAAAACGAUCUUUACAGGAUGUCCUUCGAAGCAGAUCGCAGUCUAACCACAAUUCCCGUACAAGACAAACAGAAGAUGUACCAGUCCCACAAUGCCACGUUGAGGUGGAAGAAGUGCGACGCAUACCAGGUCGAUGUACCCAGCUUGGAAGACGGCGAAUUCCAGCAUGUGUGGCUGGAGGCUACCUCUAUAUAAACAAUGGGGACUGUAUCAGUUCUCAAUAAGACCUCAGCAAACUUUAGUGACUGAUUCGUGACUGAUUCGAUCAUUCGACAAUAUUAUUACUUUUUACUAAAAAUUAAACUGAAUCAAAUAAAUGUGAUGCAAAUUAUGAUAUGAUAUUAUGACGAUUCGCUGUUUGCUGUAGAAUUGAAUGAGUCAGAACGAAAAUGGGCCCCUAACAGUUGAGCAUACACUACAGGGUGUCCCAAAGUAAAGGACUUGUUCUGAAAUUUUGUUAAUUCUGCACCAAUUAUGAUCAAAUCUUCCAAAAAUACUUUCACGUAUUGGGGCUAGAAAUGCAGAGUUUGAAACUUAUGGUAUCUUUGUUGAUGUCAAUCCCAUCCCUCCCCUCUCUCGAUUUUUUCAAGAAUAUUUUUUUGCCAAAUCUUUUUGCGACUCCGUUAUUUUUUUAGCUUGAACCAAAGAUAUCAGACACUUUUUGGCGUAAAAACCAAGGUGCUUAGGGGUAGAGGGGCAAAGUUAUGAUAGUUUGAACUUGAUGCCAAUAAAAUUGAAAUUCAUAAAAUAUUGAUUGUUACUU